GCUAAUUUCCUCAUUUUAGAUCCUAUCUUUCUUUGUACUUUAGCCUAUCCAUCUUAAUAUUCUCAUUGAGUUUUAGAGGAAGGGGGUUGUUAUUUCAUGUUACGGAUUUUUGAGAGGGGCAAAUUCUUUAUGAGAUCAGUUUUUAUGGGCAAGAAUGCAGCACAAUGGCUGAUGUUUAACAUAGAACACCUUGUUGUUGGGGUGAGUUCCAAACAGUUUUUUACUCUUAGAGAAGGUGACACAACUUUUACUCUCCAAUGGAGUUCCAACUCUUCUGGUCAGUUCUUGCUGUUGACUGAGCUCAAAGCUGGUGGGUCUAGGAGGUCGAUAAUUAUACCGGAAGGUAAAGAGAGACAUGGUUGGAGGGCUUUUGGUCUUGAACUAAGAAAAUUGUUGAACCCUUCUCAAUAUGCAGUGGGAGGAAAUGGACUUCUCAAAUUCAUUCCUCAGGUGCGGAGGUAUAACUUGGAGGCUUUAAGUUCUAGAACUUUUGCUGAAGUUGUGCAAGGCUUACAUGGAAGAACGGAGGAAAGGAAGCAACCAAAGCAACUAGGAGCCACAGCCAAGGGGAAGAUACCACAGAUAGGAGAGGAGAAGAUGGGGGUGAAUCUGAGAAUCUCUGGUGUAAAAGUGGGGGAUUUUCCGGUGGAGAAAUCUAAUAGGAUGGAGGUGGUGGGAGGGGCUAGGAGGGAGCUUUGCUCUUAUGAGGUGGCAGAGGUUGGUGAGCAAAUCUUGGUAGACACUAGGUUACGUUUCCCAAGUAUUAGUUUGAAUUCAAAAGAUUAUGUUAAGGGGAAGAAGAGUGAUGCUAGGAGAUCUUGCUGGUCAGGGAGAGGUCUUGUCGUGGAGGUUGAUGUGAUAGGGAGGAGGCGGGUUUUCUGGGAUAGAAAGAAAGGGGGAGAUACGAAGUGCAGAGGGGAUUCACAGGUAGCUGAAAUAGAAACUUCUAUGGCCUUUAAAUGGGUUCCACGGAGAACCAAACAGGCUGUAGUUAAGCCUUUUAUGGGCCUUGGUACUAGCCCAGAGCUGACCGACACAAGUGUGGGUCAUUUUUCAGGCCCACGACUUUUUGAAGUGGGCGAGAGCUCUUGGGCUGGUGAAGGAGCAGUAGCCCAGGUCCCGCUGGAAGCUGAUAUUGAGACAGGGGUGUCGGCCCGGUGCGCUUUGUCUUUCGUUGAGCCCUCAUUAGUAUCAGGUGAAGCCGAUGUCUUCAUCGGUACCAGCUCCGAUGAGCCCACGCUGCCGCCAGGUAAGGACGAUGGCCCUUUCUGCGCCGGAAUCUGCUUCGAUGAGCACGCGGUGUCUCAGGAAAAGGCCGAUGGCCCAUUCUCCGCCAGAAUUAGCCCUGUCGUGCCUUCGUUACUACUGGGUAAGGCCGACGACCCCUUCUUUGUCGGAACUAGCUCCGAUGAGCCCACGUUGCCACCGGGCUUAUCACCAGUUGCCGAAAGCUGCCCUUGAAAUUGAGCAACCUAGUUUAGCGGAGUUACC